AAUUAGCAGACCCAGUUCUUGUUUGGAGUAUCUACAAGGAAAUAAAUACAUCACAAAGUAUUGAUGUAAUAAAGCAGCUCACAAAGUGGGUUUGAUUCUCUUUGAAAGCAUAAACUCAAGAAAAAGCUGAUAUUGUGAGGAGGGAAUUUUUGUUUGAAAGCAAAUGAUGGGUGGAAACCCUAGUAAUUGGUGGAACAUGUUUCCACCUAAUUCUCUUCCUCCUCCUCCUCCUCCUCCUCAGUUUGUUGUUGGAUCUUCUUCACCUCCUUUCACUUCCAUGGCUGAUCAUCCCAAUCAAGAACAUCCCAAUUCACAGUCAUGGAGCCAACUACUUUUAGGUGGAUUGCAAGAAGGGGGUGGAGAUGGGUUGGUUUUGAAUAGUAAUUAUAAUCAUUUUCAACCAAAGAAGUUGGAUAAUUUGGAGGGGAGAAUUUUGAUUCCGUUUCCAAGAUUUGGAGUGGGGGAUGAUGAUGACGAUGAUCAUGUUUUGAAGCAACAAACUUGUUCUCAAAGUGGUAAGAGCUUGUCAUUUUUAUGGAGUGAAAAGGAAUCAUGUUCAUCAUCAUCCAUAUCAGUGAAAGGCUCUCAAACACGACCACCUACUUCUUCUUCUCCUAAAUCUUCUGUCAAUAGUAAUGCCAUCUUGGAAUUCUCUUUCAACAAACUUGAUUCCAAUAAUCAAAUCCCUGAUCACACUUAUUCAUCUGAGUGUGUUAGCACAGCUGCCACUGGUGGAGUGUGCAAGAAGCCUAGGGUUCAGCCCGUCUCCGGCCAGCCUCCGAUAAAGAAUCAGGUGAGAAAGGAGAAGGUAGGGGACAGAAUCACAGCUCUCCACCAGCUGGUUUCUCCAUUCGGAAAGACUGACACUGCUUCUGUCUUGUCAGAGGCUAUUGGGUAUGUUAGAUUCCUUCACAAUCAAAUUGAGGCUCUCAUCUCUCCAUAUUUAGGCAAUAAUUCAUCAGAACCCACAAGGCCGGAUCAACUUCUCUUCAAUGACAGCAGCCUGAAAAGAAAACUACCUCCUACCCAGGAAAAGGAAGAAGAAGCAAAUGAGUUGAGGAGUAGAGGGCUUUGUUUGGUACCUGUAUCUUGUACACAACAUGUACAAAGUGACAUAAACGGAGCUGAUUAUUGGGCUCAAGCUUACAAUGGCAGCUUCUAAGUCCCUCGCUACCUGCACCCAUACAAAUCAAACAACUAUGCUAAUUCCUGCUAUCAUUUUCUCUAUAUUUAUUAUUAGGAAUUAAUGCUAACUUUUUCCCCUUUCUUUUCAAUAAACGUCCUUUAAAUUCUUCUUCAUUAUCUUCCCUAUUCCUCUGAUAAAAUUGUAGUAGCCGAACCAAUUGAAAUUUUAGUCUCCAUUUCCUUCUCUUC